AUGUCCGGUAGAGCCAAAACAAGCGAUGAGUUACUCCAAAGUCUUUUUCACGAUAUCCAACAGACUGGCCCGGUGGGAUUUCCCUUUAUUAUGUUUAUUUUUUAGGUGAAUGUGGACGACAUUUUAAUUGAUGGGACGACAAAUAACAAGAGAAAGAAAGGGAAGAAGUCCAAGAAGGAGAGGGAAGGGGAAACCAGCAGUAAGAAAAAUAAAAAGGAGAAGGAAACUAUCGUGGAAGACAAUAUAAAAGAAAAGAAGGUAAGUUACUCAGUUAGUUAACAACUGUUAUAUAGGAAAAGAAGCAUAAGGAUAAAGAGAAAAAGGAAAAACACAAAAGCAAGGAAAACAAAGACGGGAAACGAAAAGAGGACAAGGAAAAAAAGAAAAAGGUAGGCGUAAAGGGUGGAGCAAGUAAGUUAUGCCAAUUCAAAUCGGGCUAAAGAUUCCCCACCCAAUACUUGAACAAAAAGAUAUGUUUCAGGAUAAGAGCUUAUCAAAGGAAAUGAAAGAAGAUGAGAAGCUCCCUGAAAAGAAGGUCAGAGAAUGGGAUAUUGGGAAAAGGCCAGUGAAUCAGAAUGAUAGAAGAAUUCAGAAAAGCAGAAGCAGAAGUCCACUAAGAAUUAAACGAGGGCGAUUAUCCCCAGUAUAUUCCGCCAGGGGCAGUAGUAUACGUAGUCCUCCUCGAAAGUCCGGUAGAGGUAGAGAUGGAUCGAGAGGAAGUAUAUCUCCAAUCAGAAAUGGCCGUUCCUCUCCUAGAGCAUCUACUAGAAGAAGCAGAUCCCCUUAUCGGCAUCCCUUUAGGGCGGAAAGGUAAUAAUUGAACUUAUCUGAACAAUUUUAUGUUUUUAGGUAUUAUUCAAGACGCAGUGGCUUUGGUUUUGACCGGAUAUCUAGGUCCAGGUCUCGUUCGUGGUCCCCACACAGGUUUAAACGGAGGAAGUCAUCACGCUCUCCUCAGCCUAGAGAAUUGGAUGAAAUGAAGGUAGACAAGAAAGAAUUGAUUGCCAUUGCCGAGAAGAAUGCUUAUAAAUUGAUGAUGGCUGGAAAGUUGCCUAAAAACUUUAACAUCUCUGCGAGUUUGCGAGAAAAGAGUAUAAAGGAAUUGAUAAGUAAGUUUUGAUAGAUCUUUAGAAUUUACUUAUUACUUGUAGAAUAUUGUGAAGAUAUCAGUUCCAAGAAAUUCACUCUUCCUGUAAAUGAAACUCUGAUCCAAGAAACGGAUCAGGACUUUGACUUCACAACUUUACCCGUAAAGGCGGCUAUAAAGUUAAAUGUCGGGACUGCCAUGAAACCGAAAUCAGCAUUGGAACGGUUGAUUGAAGAGAGUGCGCUGAGGAAAGCAUUCCCGGUUUCUUCAGGCGAUAAAUACGGCGAUGAAGAAUGGGAGCCAGUUCCUGUUGAAACGACCGUGGUUACAGCGCUCAGCAGCAAGAAAGUGAAAGUGGCCCCAGUUUAUUUGUUCUCCGAUCCUCCGCCACCAGCCCCAGUGCCGCCACCACCUCCAAGGGGCUCCGAGGUACGACUAGUUUAGAUGCAGUUUGAGUAAGUAUUCUUUAGGUCUUAGAACCACCUUUCCCUCCACCACCGUCCGCCCCCAUCUUGGACUGGGCCUUGCUUCAACCCCCUCCGCCCCCUCCUGUUUGUGCUGGAUUUGAUGCCCCAGCCAUAACGAAGGAGAUCCCCGCACCACCUCAGAUUAUAUCCGACUUUUCUGAGUUGUUAUCAGAAGACGAAAAGAAGGACAUUUUGGAGGGACGUCUUCCUCAAGAACCGGAGCCUAUGGACAUCGAGGAGGGAGAGAUCAUUCCUCCACUAACCAGAUGGGAACCCAUUGCCCUUAAUGGAUUUGUGCAAAUAAAAAGAAAAAAGAAGGACAAGGUUAAAAAGGACAAUGAAAAGAACGGUGGUGCCAAAGAAAAGGAGAUUUUAACAAAAGAAUCAGAAGCUGAUGAUGUUAAACCGGCUACAUCUAGUGCGAAACCUUUGGACGAGGUUGGAUGUAUUGUUAGAGAUCUGUUGGAAGAGUUAGUCUCAAAGAUAGUGAAAGAAGAACGGAGUUUUGUAUGUCUGGAUCAGGAUGAAUUGGAAAUGUUAACUGAUAUGUUGGAAGACAGCGAAGAGAUAAAAGGCGCGGACGCAGGGAAUAAGGAAAAAGAAGCGGAAGUUGAUCAACAGGAUGCUAGUCAGGGUGAUGGUAGUUCAAGUGACAGUGACGACUCAGAAGAGGGGCCUAUGCCCAUGCUCGAGAGGGAUAACGAAAAGAUAAUAGCCAUUGGGGAGUCCGUCUUUGGAUCAUUUCUGGAGAUCCCUAAUUUCUCAUCUGAUAUCUCUAUGCUCCCUGCUGUUGUAUGUUUUCCCUUUAUUUACAUGUAUGUUUUUGUUUUAGGCACCAGUUAGAUGUGGACAUCUGGUAGCUGAGAGGGCGCGGUUAACACAACAUCUCUCUCAAUUUCCAAAUGAUUUUGCGACAAGAAUGGCAUUGGCCGACAUUGAGUUAAAGGUAGGGGGACAAUACAGAGGGGAUAUAAUCGAAGAUAGAUUCGUGAAAUUUCUGAUGUGUAAAAUAACACAUCUUAGGUGUUUUUAUCUUAUAACAAAUGCCGUUUAAAAUACAAUUUUUCUAAAAGUCAAGCGCAGGUAAAAAACCCUGGCUACACGAAAAAUCAAACUGCUUGAUUUUUCUUUAAAUUUGGAAAACUACAGGGUGGUUCAGCCGAAGCUUCCACCCUUAUUUCAAGGAUUUCUCCGUCAAUAAUGCACCAAUUUCUAUAAAAUUUACAUCAAAUUGAAGCUGAUGCGCCCCAUUUUUUGUCCCCCAAAUAUGACGUACCCAAGUUGAAGGAGGCCCCCGUACUGACCUUUGACAUUUUCAUUCCAAAUUUUAAAGCUCGAAAUCGGUGAAACUUAGAAAAUUUUUGCAAUGAUUUUCAAUUGAGUUUCUCGGGCUUGGAAAAUAUUCGAGUCUCUGGCGAAAUGAAACUUUUAUAAGUAGCAGAAAAAGUUGACGGCAGGCAACGGAAUAGCCAUAAUUAUUCUUCAAGGCAUUAUUCUUGUUAUUUUGGGGUAGCAAUCUUAAUUAAUCGAAAUUUUUAAAAAUUCGAACAAAUGCUCGAGACUGUCCACAUGCAUGAAGACAUUCACCCCCGAAAAUGCAUAACAAGUUUCCAGGCCUAGAUUGCCCGAGAAGAGAUUUUGUUCUGAUUCGUCCGACUUGGUACCUCGCCUGGAAUAAAAUAUGCGUUUUAAGAACUUGUUACUUACGUGAACUUCACUUUUUAAAAUUUUUUCAUCGAAUUUGGCAACUUUGUCUUAGCCGAAAAUCCAAAAAUUUUCCAAGUCCGAGAAACUCAAUUGAAAAUCAUUGCAAAAAUUUUCUAAGUUUCACCGAUUUCGAGCUUUAAAAUUUGGAAUGAAAAUGUCAAAGGUCAGUACGGGGGCCUCCUUCAACUUGGGUACGUCAUAUUUGGGGGACAAAAAAUGGGGCGCAUCAGCUUCAAUUUGAUGUAAAUUUUAUAGAAAUUGGUGCAUUAUUGGCGAAGAAAUCCUUGAAAUAAGGGUGGAAGCUUCGGCUGAACCACCCUGUAUAGCUACGUACCAUUCUAAGAAACUUUCCCGUUAACUUUUUUUCGAAAUCUUACUGUACUUUGGGUUACGGUAACAUGACUCGUUUUGUCAUAACUCGAGAACCGGAUGUCGUAGCGAGACGGGGUUUUUACCAGUAUGUUCAGCAUACCGAAAGACGGUUUUUUGUUAGCUACACCAAGUUUCGAAGACGCCGGUAAGUGACCAAAAAAUUUGAAUAUUUAUGCAAAAAUUCAAAAAUAUGCAAAUUUCUCGAAAAUUUAACCCAAAUUAUGCUCAUUUUUAUUUGAUGUGUCGAAAAUAGAAGUCAUAACGGUUCCAACGGUGUAAAAAACUUGAACGUGCGAACCGAGCUGUCUGAGAACGGGCUGUUUGAAGUUGGGGCACCCAGUCACGAAUGAGCAAAAAAUCGGAGUAAACCGCAUAAAAUCAUUGUUAAAUGGCAAGAAUGGAAAGUAAAUUUUGUUAUUACAUCGUAUCGGUCACAAUAGAAGAUUUUCCACAUAAUUUUCAUUAAUUUGCAUAUUUUGGAAUUUCUUGCAUUUACGGCUGCAUCAGCCGCCAGGUAGGCGUGGACAUGGGAAAAGAUCGAUUUUAAGUUUUUUACAUUAAAAUGACUGUUGGAAGGUGCUAAGCAAAAGCGAACAAUAUUUUCUCCCAAAUCCUUCAUUAAGGUAUAUUUUUACAACAUUUUGUCGAUAAUUGCAAGUAAUUCCAAAAUAUGCAAAUUUAUGAAAAUUAUGUGGAAAAUCCUCUAUUGUGACCGAUACGAUGUAAUAACAAAAUUUACUUUCCAUUCUAGCCAUUUAACAAUGAUUUUAUGCGGUUUACUCCGAUUUUUUGCUCAUUCGUGACUGUGUGCCCCAACUUCAAACAGCCCGUUCUCAGACAGCUCGGUUCGCACGCCCAAGUUUUUUACACCGUUGGAACCGUUAUGACUUCUAUUUUCGACACAUCAAAUAAAAAUGAGCAUAAUUUGGGUUAAAUUUUCGAGAAAUUUGCAUAUUUUUGAAUUUUUGCAUAAAUAUUCAAAUUUUUUGAUCACUUCCCGGCGUCUUCGGAACUUGGUGUAGCUAACAAAAAGCCGUCUUUCGGCACGCUGAACAUACUGGUAAAGGCCCCGUCUCGCUACGACAUCCGGUUCUCGAGUUAUGACAAAACGAGUCAUGUUACCGUAACCCAAAGUACAGUAAGAUUUCAAAAAAAAGUUAACGGAAAAGUUUCUUAGAAUGGUACGUAGCUAUAAUUUUCCAAGUUUAAAGGAAAAUGAAGCAGUUUGAUUUUUCGUGUAGCCAGGGUUCUCCAAGCAUAGAAAAAACGUGUUUUAAGUCAUGAAACCAGGGUAAUGUCAUUCGAAAAAAUCUAUUUGGAAUGAUCUUUUCACGAUUUCAUGACUCUAAACGGCGUUUAUAGCCUCGAGAUGAUACAGUGGUGGCAUGGAGGACGACAAAGUGGUCAAGCAAGAUGGACGACUCGCCUUUUUUACUUUUGAUCAUUUUUAUUCCGUUCUUUUCGUUGAUUUCCGGGAAUUUUUAUGUCGCGGAAUGCAAAUGA